AUGCGUGGGCUCGGAUUGCAACGCUCAACUAGCUCGGCCUCGUCGGCGUCAAAGUCUCCGUAUUUGUUCAAGCGUCAUCCGCAACCCGUUCACCUGAAGGGUCAUGGGGGUCAGAUCGUGGAUAUGGAUGAUUACCUGAUCGGCGCAGACAUUCAACUCACAGCUGCCACUUCUGGCGUCGUGCCAGACGACACCUUCACCGUGCCCGAAGCGGUCAAUGCCUUGGGAUUUGGUAAAUUCCAAAUCGUCCUGAGCUUCGUCACGGGGUUGUGCUGGAUGGCCGACUCCAUGGAGAUCAUGCUGCUGAGCAUCUUGUCCCCAGCACUCCUAUGUGAGUGGGGUAUUAGUCAGUACAACCAGGCCUUACUCACCACAGUUGUCUUUGGAGGAAUGAUGUUGAGCUCGCUCUUUUGGGGCAAAUUCUCGGACAAGUAUGGUCGAAGGCAGGCCCUCCUCUUGUCAAGCUUCUUCAUCUUCUUCUACGGAGUCCUGAGCGCCAUGGCCCCUAAUUUCUAUUGGGUUCUUUUCUUGAGGUUCUUGGUGGGAUUCCAAAUUGGGUGCGUGCCACAAAGUGUAACCCUGUAUUCGGAGUUCCUUCCAACGAAACUCCGCGCCAAAUGCGUGGUUCUGCUCGAUUGCUUCUGGGCGGUGGGGGCGUGCUUUGAGGUUCUUCUGGCCGCAAUUGUCAUGCCCCUAGGAGGGUGGAGACUGCUUUUGGUCAUUUCAGCCUUGCCAUCUCUCCUAUUUGUCUUUUGUUGUCUGUGGCUCCCUGAAAGCGCCAGAUUAAAUGCCGCUCAGGGUCACAGUGAACAAGCUUUGGAGACAAUUGAGAGAAUAGCCAGAGACAAUAAUAAGCCUAUGCUUCUCGGUCGUUUGACGGUGGAUGAAGACAUGGUCAAUACUAUUUAUGCUCGAGGAAGUUUCUCCGAUUUACUAAGCGACGAGCUCCGACGAACAACCUUAUAUCUAUGGUUCAUUUGGUCAACCACCAGCUUCAUCUAUUAUGGAAUCCUCCUCAUGACCACAGAGAUAUUUGAAUCUCCUGGUGAUGACAUUUGUGGUCUGGACGAUAAUUGGAAAGACAAAUGCUCAGCCCAAUGCUCUCCGCUGGAUAGCAAGGACUAUGGACACUUGCUUUGGACCACCUUGGCUGAGUUUCCCGGAAUUAUGAUCACUAUAUCCAUGAUUGAACGCCUGGGUCGGCGACGAACUCUGGCCAUCGAGUUUUUACUCCUGGCCGGGACGCUUUGCUUCCUCUUUCAAUGCACCAAGAACCAUACUUGGGUAACAGCUAUCUUAUUCAUCGUGAGAGGCAUCGCGUCCGGGGUUUUUCAAGCCGCUUAUGUGUACACACCCGAAGUAUACCCUACCAUUUUGAGGUCCGUUGGGAUUGGGGCGUGUUCCGCCAUGGCUCGGGCUGGAGCCAUGUUAACGCCUUAUGUGGCACAAGUCGUGAUUACGGCCUCUUUGUCUGGGGCUGUUGGAGUGUAUGUGACCUUGGCCGUGAUGGCAGCCAUUGUUUGUUUCUUACUUCCCUUGGAGACUCGGGGACAGGAGUUGAGAGAGCAAUCGCCGAGAGGCUCUAAAGUCAUUAAUGGUUGAUUGUAGCAAAAUCCAACACCUACGAUGUUUGACUCGUCUGUGAUAUUAUAACUGCGUUUUAAUCAAAAUUGUCAUUUCUUUGCUAAGAAAAGUAAAAAUAUAUUCCAUUAAAGAUU